AUGACUUCUUCAAACUUUGCUCAACGCAUUCCUCCCGACUCUUGGGACUCACACAUGCACAUUGUCGACGUGGAGAACUACACCCUUGAUGCUUCAGCCAAAUACCGUCCCACAUCUCAUAGUCUGGACCAAGCUCUCGCCUUCGAAACCAGCGUUGGACUUCGAAACAUAGUCCUGGUUCAGCCAUCUAUCUAUGGCCUUGACAACUCGUGUCUGCUCGAUGGUCUGCGUGCCCUUGGUGCUGACCGUGGACGAGGCGUUGUUGCCAUUGACCCUCAGGUUGUUAAGGAAGAGGAAUUGCGUUCUUGGCAUGAACUGGGUGUCCGUGGAGUGAGACUCAAUAUCCUCUCGAAUGAACUUACGAUUGAUGCGGCCGAGCUGGAGCGACAACUGAUGCUUUACGCCAAUGCCGUGAGACCCUUGGGAUGGGUUGUUCAGGUCUAUGUUCCAAUGGAUAUGGUCACUCUCCUUGAACACAUCAUUCCGAAGCUCAAUGUCAAGUUCUGCAUAGACCAUCUUGGACAACCACCCCUGAACAAAUACGCAGGCGCAGACCCAUACGACAUACCAGGCUUCUCAUCCCUCAUCAACUUGCUCAAAAACGGCCAGACAUAUGUCAAGCUGUCGGCCGCGUACCGGAUGAGCACGCUCCCGGACUACAGCGAUUUGGAUCCCAUCGCUAAGGAGGUCAUUCGAGUCGCUGGAAAGACUCGUGUUGUUUUUGCAACUGACUGGCCUCACACAAGGUUUGAGGGGUUGGAUGUCAAGCCCUGGAUGGAGAGGGUGCUGAGCUGGUGCAGCGAUGAUGAGCAUCUCAAAGAGCGGCUGUUUAGAGGAAAUGCUGAAGAUUUAUGGGAUGUUCAGAGGCCAUCGGGGAAGGCAGAUCAGUGA